UGAGAAUGGACGGCUGGAUCUGUUCCUGCGGUUCCUGCUGGGCGUCUCACUGGAGUCCAAUCAGAGACUCUUACAGGAUCUACUGACACACACAGAGAACAGCUCAGAGAGCAUCAGGAGAACCACACAGUAGAUCAAAGAUGGACAUGGACUCUCCACUGAAAGAUCCAUCAAUCUGUUCCUCUGUCUGCUGGAAGUGAAAGAUCAGACUCUGUACAGAGAGAUUCAGGAGUUUGUGAAAUCAGACAAACACUCAGAGAAGAAACUCUCUCUGUCUCAGUGCUCAACAAUCGCCUACAUGCUUCAGAUGUCAGAGGAGGUGCUGGAUGAGCUGGACCUCAAGAAAUACAACAUCAGAUGAGGGGAGAAGAAGACUGAUAGCAGCUGUGAUCAACUGCAGAAAAGCUCUUUUUGCUGGCUGCAAUCUCACUUCUCAGAAUUGUGAAACUGUGUCAUUGGCUUUUCAAUCCUCAAACUCUGUCCUGAGAGAGCUGGAUCUGAGUAACAAUGACCUGCAGGACUCUGGUGUGAAGCUGCUCUCUGAUGGACUGAAGGAUCCAAACUGUCAGCUGGAGAUACUGAGGUUGUCUGGCUGUAUGGUGACAGAGGAAGGCUGUGGUUAUUUGUCUUCAGCUCUGAGUUCAAACCCCUCACACCUGAGAGAGCUGGAUCUGAGCUACAAUCACCCAAGACAAUCAGGAGUCCAGCUGCUCAAAAACAAACUGGAGGAUCCAAAAUAUAAACUGCAGAUACUCAGAUUGGAUCAUGGGGAAGACUUCAGGAUCAGACCAGGACUACAAAAAUAUGCCUGUGAUCUCACACUGGAUCUAAACACAGCAAAUACUAAACUCAUCCUGUCUGAGGGGAACAGAAAGGCGACACUUGUGGAAGAUCAUCAGGCAUAUCCUGAUCAUCCAGAAAGGUUUGAGCACUACGAGCAGGUUCUGUGUGGACAGAGUUUGACUGGACGCUGUUACUGGGAGGCUGAAUGGAGUGGCUGGGUUGACAUAGCAGUGACGUAUAAAGGAAUCAGCAGGAAAGGAAGAAGUGAUGACUGUGAUUAUGGACUCAACGAUAAGUCCUGGAGUUUGAGCUGCAUUAAGGGCAGAUACACUGUCUGGUAUGAUAAAAUCAGCAUUGAUAUUCCUGUACCUUUACCACAGUCUAAUAGAGUAGGAGUGUAUCUGGACGUGUCGGCCGGCACUCUGUCCUACUACAGCAUCUCUGACACACACACACUCACACACUUACACACAUUCAACACCACAUUCACUGAACCCCUGUACGUUGGCAUUGGGGUUUUUUAUAAUAACUGCUCAGUAUGUCUGUGUCAGAUUUAAUGACCUGCAGAUGAGAACAACAGAGAACAUUUCUCACAUUCCAUAUUUCUCACAAAUUCCUAACAACUCUCUUUCCAUACAGUUUCAAGUUUUACAUGAACACAUUCACCUGUAAAUUCAUCCUAAGCUAUAAUGCUUGUUUGGUGUAAAUGAAUGUGUCUUUACUGAUCUCUCAAAAACCUACUCACUUAUACCAAAGUGAAAUUGAUGGAGGCUGGUUAAAAUGUCAGCUUUGGAGCAAAAAGUUAUUUCAGUUUUGUUUAGAAGCUUGUUGCAGUGUUCAGCUGCUUUAUUUGAAUCAUUUUCUUUACUUUUACUGUCCUGAAAAUCAUUAAGAAUGUU